AUGGAAAUUUAAAAGACUAGUUUCUCGACUCAUUUUCAUCAUAUCUCUCCACCACUCUUACAGACAAAAAGAAUGAAAUCAGAAGGAUAGAAAUUUUUAACUGAGUUAGAUUUGAAUGCUUAGCGUUCUAUUUAAAAAAGGAUGCAGAAAAGCGAAGUAAAAAUAGUUGAGACAAAUCAUUAAUUGAUUCCAAGUAAGAACAAUUUAAGAACAUAGAAUAAAAAAUGAACAUUCAAUUAAGAAAGAAGGUAAUAAAAACUAAAUAACCAUCAUUACCAUAUCUAAAACUUGAUGAAAAAUUAUAUUAUGAUAAAUGGUAUAUCCCUUAUGAUUAAAGAUAUAUUCCAAAAGUUAAUUUAGCUUAAGAAUAAUACUAAGGUAAUUAAUAAAUAAUUUAGAGGCCAAAGAUCCUAACCAUUUUUACAAAAACAUGCAUGUUAGAACGGCAUAAUAUAAUCCAUUUGAAAAGGAUUUGCCAAAAGAUCUCGAAAGAAAUAUUGAAUACAAACAUCGAUCAGAUAUUUUAAAGGAAAUGCUUAAAGGCUAGAAAAUGAUUUAUGAAUUUCGAAAGUAUAUCUAAAUCUUAUAUGAAGAUCAUUGGAGUAAAAUCAACAACGUAUUCCAUAAUUUAUUAAAAAAAUAAUUGAAGAUAAGAAAAAUCCAAUUCAAAAAUAGUAAUGA